AUGGAUAAGUUUAAGACGGUUCUGAACAUUGCAAACAAACAGACUAACCUUAGCUUCGGGUUGGUAGCCUUGCUAACAGCAGGGGGAGAGCACAUCUUCUCCUCUGUGGUGUUCAAGUGUCCCUGCAAUGACUUGAACUUCGUCUACGGCAUGGUGUUCCUGCUUGUGCCCGCUUUGGCUCUCCUGCUGCUGGGUUACAUCCUGAGUAAGAAGACGUGGAAGGUGAUGACGGGUCUGUGCCAGCGCAGGGCCAACCUGUGCCGCCGGAGGAGGCUGACUGCCGCCCUGACGGCGUUCUUCCAGAUCAGCACCACCGCGUUGGUGGCGCCUUCCAGCUGGAUUGCUGUUGCUCUGCUCAACGGGAAUUACUAUGAGUGUGCGAUGACCGGGACCAACGUGAGCGCUUACAACAAGCUUCUGUGUAGAGAUAAGAACUCUGAGGUCAAGUGUGAGGAGGAGCUGCACAGGUUUCCGUGUAUGAAAGGCAGCAGUGAGCUGCAGGCUGUCAGAGAGGAUGUUCUGCUCACUUUGAAAGCGCAGUCUCAGAUUAUGGGCUGGCUGCUCAUCGCUUCUGUCAUGUUGUCCAACCUGCUGCUGACCUGUGUGGCUCGCUGUACCUCCCCCAUCAGCUACCUGCAGCUUAAGUUCUGGAAAGCAUAUGCUCAGGAGGAGAGCAACCUGUUUGAUUCAUACAGCACUAAACAUGCCAAAGAGCUCGCUGAGAGGAACCUGAAGAGCUUCUUUAACCAGACACCACCUGAAAACAUCAUCACCCCUUCCAACAAAGCCUGGGAGAAGAUCUCCUCUCUCUACAAGUUCAGCACCAAAGAUCACUACUACAGCACCCUACACCGGUAUGUGGAGGAUUGUCUAGAGACUGAUGACGAGACAAUGAGGAUGAUGAGGAUGGCUUCUGUCAAGUCAAGCGAGCCUGCUGAUGACACCCCUGCUGUUCUUGAUUUUGUAGAUGAUGGCAGGAUUGCUCUGUGAUGAUUUUUUUAUUUUUUUGUAUGAACAUUUUUAUUGAUUUUUUUCCCACAAAUAAUACAAAUAAAAACAAACAAACAAAUUAAACAACAAAACAAAACAAACAAAAACACAGACCACCACACUGACACAUUUCAACAGUCAAGCACUACAAAUCACUGACAGCAUCACACCAACAAAUCAACCAUCAAUUCACAGACAGCCAGUCGGUAAAAGGGCUCCAUGUAAGCAUAUAUUGAUCCAAUUUAUCCAGUAGGGAGUAUGUCACCCUCUUGUAAGCAGCUAGUUGUGCCAUUAUUGUAGUCCAUUCUUCAAAGGGGGGUGUAUCCGUUUAGCUGUUGUGAGAGCCAAAAUAAUCCACCUUUCCUCGAAACACGAAAAGUCAUUGUCCUGAAGCUCAGUGGUCAAUCCCAAGAUAGACAGUUUUGCAGAGAUUUGGAACUUUUUGUGCAGGACUUCAAAUAUAAUCUGAUGGAUGUUAUUCCACCAGUCCUUAAGUGCUGAACAUGUCCAGAGAAUAUGUAGUAUAGAGGCACCACUUCCGUCACAUCUCCAGCAAGAGUCUACUGGUAUUAAUUUCCAUUUAUAAAGUUGUUGUGGUGUCUGAUGCCAUCUAUGUAUUAUUUUCAGUUGAAUAAA